AUGAAGGACUUAGGGCUUCUACAUUAUUUUCUCAGUUUAGAAGUAUGGCAACAGACUGAUGGGAUUAUCCUAAAUCAAGGGAAAUACACUAUUAACAUUCUGAAAAGGUUUGGAAUGAUGGAUUGUAAGCCUAUGUCCACUCCCAUGGAAACAAACUUACACAAGUUAAGAGAGGUAGCUGCAAGUUCUGAAUCAACAUAUUCCACCCUCUAUUGGCAGAUGAUUGGAUCAUUGAUGUAUUUGGUCAAUACUAGACCAAAUAUUUGUUAUGUUGUGAAUGCACUUAGUAAGUUCAUGUGUGAACCGAAGCAAUUACAUAUAGUUGCAGCAAAACACAUCUUGAGAUAUCUUCGUAGAACAAUUGGAUAUGGCUUAAAGUAUAAAGAUGUAGAUCUAAAGUUAUAUGGAUAUACAGACUCAGAUUGGGUUGGAAGUGUGGUGGAUUGUAAAAGCACAUCAGGGUGUUGCUACAGUUUAGGAUCAGCUAUGAUAUCCUGGUUUAGCAGGAAGCAAUCUUCAGUUGCUCAAAGCUCUACAGAAGCACAGUACAUUGCAACAUCUAUGGGAGCAUGA